CUACACUACAAUACAGACAUACUUUCUUCCAUUUUCUAAUCUUUAUUUCUCUAAAAAUUCUCCAAUCGAUAGAAGGCGGAAGCAAAUUAAAAAAGCAAUUCCACAAACUAAAAGAGACGCAGAUAAUUGGUGUAAUUUGGUAAACAAAAACCAACUUUGGUUUCGUUAAGAGAAUUCACACACACACAGAAAAAAAAAACAGACUUCAAAGGAAAAAAAAAAAAAAUCAAAGGUGAAGUUUUUACUCGUAUCCUAUUCUCCUCCUUCCAUGGCUACACGACCAAAGGAAGCUCGGAUUUGAGAUGGGUUUAGUCUAAUUAGUUUGAUUUCGGGGAUAAUUUUGAUUUCGAUUCAUAAAGUUUGCUCCUUUUUAGCUGAUCUUAAGGGGAUGUUGAGGGUUUAGAGGUGUGUGUGUGUGUGUGUUUGUGUGUGUAUGGUGGUUUUCUUUCUUUAGUUAUGUGGAUGGCUACACGAUCUAGCUCCGGGUUCCCUCACGAGUCUAUAAAUUUUCAAUCUUUGAGCUCGUCUGAGAUGAUUCCGAUGGGUCCUUACUUUGGUCGAAGUGGGUCCUUGUUGGGGAUGAAUAUGAUCAGUAAUGUUCAAAAUGGGAACUCUUCGAAUUCGUCUAUUGAUUCGGGUUCUGGGAUCAAGCCAGAGACUUCAUUGGCUAGUGAAUGGUCAACUGAAGAACAGCUCAAACUGGAGGUUGGCCUUGAGAAAUAUAAGGAUAAGCCAAGUAUCAUGAAGUAUAUAAAAAUUGCAGCCACUUUACCUGAAAAAACCGUUCGAGAUGUUGCUUUGCGGUGUAGAUGGAUGACGAGAAAGAGAAGAAAAGCAGAAGAAUUCAACUGUGGAAAAAGAAUAAGUUCUAGCAAGGACAAGCAGACAGGAUUGUCUUCAAGCAUACUUUCUAUUUUGCCUGAUAGCAUGGCUUCGUACCCUUUCUUGAUGCCCUUUACAAGCUCCAGUAAUAAACAUAUUACAUCUGAAGAUUUAAGUGGUUUUGUAAUCAGUCUCUUAGAACAGAAUGUAAGAGCUCUUAGUCAAAUUAGAGCUAAUCUAUCCUCAUAUAAGGUAACCUCUAGAAUACCUAGUUUAAAAGAAUGUAAAUGCGUUCUUGCUAAAAUCGCUAUCUCUCCUGAUGAUUAUGAUGAACAGGUACAUGAUAACAUAGAUCUCUUUUGUCAGACAAGGAACAACCUUAUCACCAUCCAAAAUGACAUGAAUAAUAUGUCUGGCUUGAUGAGCCAGAUGCCACCAUUGCCGGUUGCAAUCAAUGAUAAGCUCUCAGCUACCUUGUUGAGUAAUUCAACCUUGCAGGCUAUGCCAUUAAAGACAAUGCAAAAUGGUGGUUUCCAUAUGAAGCAAGAGCCUUCAGGGUGACCAUUAAGUACCUGUAAAUUGUCUUAAAGAAGAUUUGAGGAAGAAAAGAGAAAGAGCUCACUAUAUAUUUUUCACCACACGUUGGGAAGUUUCUAGAAGUGUGAUUCUUUCGUAACACCAAAGAUCUUUUAUCGCCAGGCCAGCAUAAGAUUAAGAAAAUAGUAAGUCCUGGUCCUGGCUCCAAACUGAAAACCCUCUUGACAAGGUCUAUAGAUUGAUCAACUUAGCAUUUAAAUGUUAUUGGAGAGUUCUAAGCGAUGUGUAUAAAAUGAUAUUCUGUGGGAGA